AUGCCAUCCCCUCCACCGGACUGGGUCAAGGCCUUGAAGCCAUCUGAACCGCAGGGCUCCGACCUCCUAGCUCAAGAGCGCGCCCAAUCGAACGUCAAUGUGGAGAAGCUGUCUGAAUUUCUCCACACCAAGGCAGCGCUCGAGAGACAGGAUAAGAUGCUUUCUCUCCUGCAGCCAGAUAAGAUUUUCGACAAGUCUCAAAACCACUCACUCGGUCGUGUUGAACGCCUGAAGCGAUCCUUGGCCAAGGCCAAGCGCCUGCAACUGCUGGCUGAACAGGAAAAAUGGAGCAUUGAGGAGUUUCACAUUGCAAAUGAUCUCAUUGGUGAACCUACACCAUACGGAUUGCACGCCAGUAUGUUCCUGGUGACCCUCCGCGAACAAAGUACUCCUGAGCAAUACAAGCUAUUCUUCGAACGUGCCCAGAAAUACGAGAUUAUCGGUUGUUAUGCGCAGACCGAACUCGGCCACGGUUCCAACGUCCGUGGUCUUGAGACCACCGCCACCUGGAACCCCGACGAUAAGACUUUCACAAUCAACUCCCCCGCUCUCACAGCCUCCAAAUGGUGGAUUGGAUCAUUGGGUCGCACGGCCAACCAUGCAGUUGUUAUGGCACAGCUAUUUGUCGGUGGGAAGAACUACGGCCCUCAUCCAUUUGUGGUGCAAAUCCGUGACCUCCAGACUCAUCAGCCACUGGAGAAUGUCUAUGUGGGCGAUAUUGGACCCAAGUUCGGAUAUAAUACCAUGGAUAACGGUUUCCUUUUGUUUAACAAGCUGAAGAUUCCCCACGUUAACAUGUUGGCCCGUUUCUCCUGCGUUGACAAGGAAACCAACAAAUAUGUCCGCCCUGCCCUGCCAUCUUUGGUCUAUGGUACUAUGACUUGGGUCAGAUCCAAUAUUGUUCUUCAAGCUGGAGGCGUUUUGGCUCGUGGUGUCACUAUUGCAGUCCGUUACACUGCUAUCAGGCUGCUUCCUCUUCUCGCUUCUAUGUACGCUUUGCAUUUCACCGGAAGAGGUAUGAUGGCUUUGUACGAGGAUAACCAGUCUCGCAUGAAGGGGACCGCCACCCCUGGCCAAUCCUCUCGUGGAGCUGGCCCCGAAGAACUAAGGGCGGGCGCAGAGCUGCUGGCUGAUUUGCACGCUACCUCCUGUGGAUUGAAGGCACUGGCCAGUACAACUGCAGGAGAGGGUCUCGAGGUGUGCCGACGCGCAUGUGGUGGACACGGUUACAGCUCAUACUCUGGAAUCGGGCCGUUCUACUCGGAUUAUCUUCCUACCCUUACAUGGGAAGGAGAUAACGUCAUGCUCAGCCAACAGGUGGCUCGCUAUUUACUGAAGUCCGCUCGUGCUGUGCUUUCUGGUAAGGCUGCCGACAACGAUACCAGCCACAUCUUGCGAAACUACAUCAACCGUCGCGAUAAGGGUGCUUCCUUCGACAUCCUGGAGGAAGACGCCGACAUCGUUGCUGCCUUCGCAUGGAGAACUGCUCACCAAACCUUCGAAGCACUGAAGCACCGUGAUGCCGAGAAGAGAUCUUGGAACUCAUUGCUCGUGGACUUCUGGAGACUUUCCACAGCGCACUCACAGUACCUUGUUGUCAAAAACUUUUAUGAUGCAAUCUCUUCUCCUGCAAUGGCUUCCUCUUUGGACGAGGAAACUAAGUCUCUGAUGCACUCUCUUUUCCGUUUAUACGCUCUCCACACCCUGGAGCGUGAGGCGGCCGAGUUUUUCUCCUCGGGAGCUGUCACCGUCCGUCAAAUCACACUGACCCGCACCAAGGCCGUGAUGAAGUUGAUGGACGAGAUUCGCCCCCAUGCUGUGCGCCUGGUGGACUCCUGGGCUAUUCCGGACUGGCAGCUGGAUAGCAGUCUGGGUCGUUACGAUGGUAAGGUCUACGAAGAUCUCUUCCGUCGGGCGAGCCAAGAGAACCCGGUCAAUGACCUAGUAUUCGAUCCAUACCCCUGGAAUAAGGCUAUUCUGAAGGAUGAACCACCCAAGAGCAAGCUGUAG